AUGGACCGACAUGCCAGCUGUCUCUGCAGUAGCAGCGCAGACCGGAGCUCCGUCAUUCUCCCUGCUCCUCCUCCUCCUCUUGCCAGGCUAGAGUCAGCUGGUGAGCACUUGUCUCUCCUCGCUCAAGCCAACUCUGCCAUCGGCAUCGCCAAGGGCCUUCCCGUCCUGGGAAGCGUUGGGGGAAGGAAGGGGACAAGGUAUAAGCAGAGAUUGGCUACCAAGUGCUUUCAAGAGCGCGUCACUAACAAAGAGAAGUUUUCCGAUGCCCUCAAUGGCCAGCGAUGGAGGUUUUUGAAAAGUGGCCUGGAUGACUUCCGAAAUGGCUACCCUCCCCCUUCUGAUAACAUCAUCAUCCGAGGCAAAAAGGGGCCCGUGCCAGUAAUUCUAGAGUACAAAAAGCCAGGUCCUUCGCAGCUCGUGCCGUAUACAGACACAGGACUGCAGACCAGAAGCGACAUCGUUUUCUCCAAGCUCAGUGCUUCUCAGAGAGCCAAGAAGGAGUACAUUGCACAGACUGAGCAAUGCCUGGCCCAACAUCCACUUGCCCUUUAUCCUCAUCUGGAGGAAAGUUUGCCCCCAGAGAUUUUCCAGGAUGUCGUGAAACUCUUAGACCCUGAAAUGCAUCUGGCCAGAGGCUCACCUGACUAUAGCAAAACGGAAGUGAAUCCCCCUACGGUUCAGUAUCGGCUGCAGCAGUAUGACAAAAAGUCAGAGACAGACUUCAGCCAAGUAACCCCGCCGUGGGCGCCUAAAAGCAAGAACCCUUAUACAUGGUUUAGUAAAAAAGAAGUGAGUGAGAGAGAAAAGGCAGCCCAAAUAGCCUACGUUCCUCCCUUGGAUGAGAAUGUCAAGCGUGCAACGAAGGAGUUCGUUGAGUGGGUCAGCUCAAUGGGAGUUGAAAAGUAUAAAAUUGAUGAAGCCACCAUCAUGAAAUUGUUUGACACGAGCUACGAAUCAGAAUCCAAGUCAGCCCCCAUGAAAAUUGUGCAGCUUUACAACGUCCCAGGAGAGCUGAAGGCAUGCCAGGGGCGCCGUCCAGACUGGCAAACCAUCAGGAGCUCUAUGAAGACACCUCCUCUGCCAAAAUGGGACAAGAUUAAAUAUGGAGCCUGGUAUCUUCCACCCAAGAAAUGGAAAAAGAAAAAAGUCAGAGAUGAGGAAGAAAUCCCUGUAUGUCUGCAAUCCUUUAUGGACUUAAGGAAGAAGAAGCCGCCCCAAAAGCUGGAGGAGGGAAGUGGGUUCCAUGCAAUCUACGCCUUUGAGCAAUUUCUCGAAAGGAAAGGCUACAGGAAGCCUCAGUUCCUUCUGCAGAUGUUGGCUGCAAUUAAUUCUUCCAAGCUAUUAGAGGAGGAUGACCCUUCCUCAAGAAGAUUAUCUAUGAAGACCAUUGAAGAAAUGAGAUUGCAUUCCUCCUCAGUCUUCUAAGUAUCCAUCCUGGUCAGUGAGUGCCUGUUUUUCCUUACGAAAAACCAAGGCAAAAAGUUACUUGUAAAAAGAUCGGCCAAGUUGUCUUAGAUUUCUCGCUUCCCUUCAUCAGAAACUGCAGAGACAAGCAUGAUUUGUUACACACAUAGAUAAAUUAACUAAGGAAAUGGGUGAGGCCAUAAAAUUAAAAUAAAGAUUGGCCACUAAAAUGUCUUAAUAUUACAGGGGUAGCGGAGAGAAUUAUUCAGAGAUUAUAUAUUAGGAGAAACUUAGUACAUGUAUUAUGAGUGUAACUGUUGUUUAACACAGUAAUUUACAUCCUGCAUUUUAAACACUGGCUGUAUCUAAUAAUAAAAAAGCUUUGUCUCUGAGCUUGACCAACAUUACUACCUGAUUUUGUUCUUCAAUGUAGUGUGAAUAUU